GAGCUCGAGCGCGGGUGACUGGACUUUUCCGGACUUCUUAAUAUCGUACAACAUUUUCUGGAAAUCACUGUCAGGAUGACUCUCCAGUGGACAGCAGUGGCUUUCUUCCUGUAUGCAGAGAUAGCUGUCAACAUCAUCUUGUGCAUACCUUUCAUAUCAGCACAGAGAUGGCGUUCAGUUUUCAACUGGAGAAUAUGGAACUGGUUAUCUCCAUACUGGAACAAAUGCUUCAUAACUAUGGUCGUAGUCCUUGUUGUUCUUUUCCUUGAUGCUGUCCGUGAGGUGCAGAAGUACUCAGAUCCUCAGCCCAUGGAAGAUGCUAAGGUGAACCCUAACGUGUUCGACCACGUCCACAUGAAGCUGUUCAGAGCUCAGAGGAACCUCUACAUCUCUGGUUUCUCUAUCUUCCUCUGGCUUAUCAUGCGUCGAGUCGUCACCCUGCUAAACCAGGUUGCUGACACCUUGGCGAACAGUGCAGGUCUUCAGGCACAGGUGGACAGUGCUGUCAAAGCAGCCAAGCGGAGUCAGGAGGACAACCUGAAACUGAAACAUGCUAUCCUAGAUGAAGAAAAAAUACUGUCAGCAAAAAACCAGCAACUGAAGCUAGAGGUUGGGAGGCUGGAAGGUCAACUGAAGGCUGCAGAGGAAGCUGUACGCAAGUCUAAUGCUGAAGUGGAAGCCAUGCGGAGACAGGCCAAGGGGCUUGCACAAGAAUAUGACAGACUACUGAGUGAACACCAUCAACUUCAGAAUCUUCCAAGGGCUGAAGACAAAAAGGAUCAGUAACCAACAGGAAUAUCAUUUCAACAGGAUUGUGUGUUACAUGCAGUAAGCCACCAGAGGCCAUGUUUGUCUUUUACAACUUCAUUUUUCUUUGAAGUUUGAACUGAGGUGUAUUUUUUAAUUGAUGGGAUUAAUAGGCUACAGGUUUUCAAUGAAUAAAACAUCUUCUUUCUAAACUCUGUAUCAUGAACAGGGGCUCAUGCUUAUUUCUACAUUAUGCUAACGUUUAAUAAUGAGGGUAUAGUGUUAGGGUUAUACCUGACAAGUACUAAACUAGACAAAAACUGUUUUAUUAUUUCCCCCCCCUGACUGACAUGUAUGAUAUCCAUGAUAAAUAAAUGAGCAUGAAAAAUAAACAAAUGAAA